AUGGGCUACAAACUUGCCAUAGAUAAGGACUAUUCUCCUGUGGAUCACAUGAUGUAUUCUCCUGUGGAUCACAUGAUGUAUUCUGUGGAUCACAUGAUGUAUUCUCCUGUGGAUCACAUGAUGUAUUCUCCUGUGGAUCACAUGAUGUAUUCUCCUGUGGAUCACAUGAUGUAUUCUCCUGUGGAUCACAUGAUGUAUUCUCCUGUGGAUCACAUGAUGUAUUCUGUGGAUCACAUGAUGUAUUCUCCUGUGGAUCACAUGAUGUAUUCUCCUGUGGAUCACAUGAUGUAUUCUCCUGUGGAUCACAUGAUGUAUUCUCCUGUGGAUCACAUCAUGUAUUCUGUGGAUCACAUCAUGUAUUCUCCUGUGGAUCACAUCAUGUAUUCUGUGGAUCACAUGAUGUAUUCUCCUGUGGAUCACAUGAUGUAUUCUCCUGUGGAUCACAUGAUGUAUUCUGUGGAUCACAUGAUGUAUUCUCCUGUGGAUCACAUGAUGUAUUCUCCUGUGGAUCACAUGAUGUAUUCUCCUGUGGAUCACAUGAUGUAUUCUCCUGUGGAUCACAUGAUGUAUUCUCCUGUGGAUCACAUGAUGUAUUCUCCUGUGGAUCACAUGAUGUAUUCUCCUGUGGAUCACAUGAUGUAUUCUCCUGUGGAUCACAUGAUGUAUUCUCCUGUGGAUCACAUGAUGUAUUCUGUGGAUCACAUGAUGUAUUCUCCUGUGGAUCACAUGAUGUAUUCUGUGGAUCACAUGAUGUAUUCUCCUGUGGAUCACAUGAUGUAUUCUCCUGUGGAUCACAUGAUGUAUUCUCCUGUGGAUCACAUGAUGUAUUCUCCUGUGGAUCACAUGAUGUAUUCUCCUGUGGAUCACAUGAUGUAUUCUCCUGUGGAUCACAUGAUGUAUUCAUUCACAGAAUCCCGUUUGGCCAGCCUCGCCACCUUCUUCCUCCUUCGGUGA